UUUAUCUGAUUACAGCGAUACAAGAGACGCGUCUCCUUAAAGCGACACUCCGGCUUCAUUAAUCAGACUACCGGGGAGGACAGAGGAGGACAGAGACGCUGGGAUGCAGAUGAAGAGAGGGAGCAGCCCGCCUCCAUCACCUCCAUGAAGGAUACCGCUGCAUUUCACCGCCUUGAUCUUAUGAAACCGGCUGUAAUCUGACCCUGCGUGGUUGCAGAAAACCCCUCCACGACCCCCCUCCUCCUCCCCCUCCUCCUCCUCCCUCCGUUACUCGCAUCCUUUGGAUACAUGGACCCUCAAUGCGUCACGCUAGUUCUUCCUGCGUCUUUUCCUCCGCAGACGCUCCGCUACCUAUUCGCCUCAUAUUUGGGUGAUGCCUGAUGCGGUGUGCCUGGGUGCUCGCUGUCUCCUCGUCCUGGUCCUGGUCCUGGUCCCGGCCGGUCCCUGAUCAUCUGUUUCGGGGGGGCCGCUGCCCGCAGAGAGGAAAGAUGGUUCGCAUUGCCAGCGCGUUGGGGCUUGUCAUGUUCAGUGUGGCUCUGCUCAUCCUGUCUCUCAUCAGCUACGUGUCUAUCAAGAAGGACUUCCUGCUCAGCACCCCCAGAUACGGAUCUAAUGGAGGACCCAGGAUGUAUAUGUUCCACACUGGGUUUCGCGAGAGGCCGCCUCGCAAACCCGACCUGAGCUCCCAGCUGGCAAUGAAGUAUCUGGAUCCAGCUUUCAGUCCUCUGACAAAUGCUCUCAGCGAGGACUUGCAGAACUCCUCUAAAUGGAGGUACAACAGCACUGCUUUUAUACAGCAGAGGAACGAGAUCUCUCAGUACAUCGACAUUCCCCACAACUUCACGCUGACACGAAGCUCGGUCCGAAUUGGACAGCUGAUGCACUAUGACUACUCAAGCCACAAGUACGUCUUCUCCAUCGGCGAGAACUUCCGCUCACUCCUCCCUGACGUCUCGCCGACCCUCAACAAGCACUACAACGUGUGCGCUGUGGUCGGCAACAGCGGCAUCCUCACUGGUUCGCGCUGCGGUCCCCAAAUUGAGAAGUUUGACUAUGUCUUCCGUUGCAACUUUGCCCCGACAGAGAUCUUUAAGAAGGAUGUCGGGCGACGGACCAACAUGACGACCUUUAACCCGAGUAUCCUAGAGAAAUACUACAACAAUUUACUGACCGUGCAGGACAGGAACAACUUCUUCCUGAGCUUGAAGAAGCUGGAUGGUGCCAUUCUGUGGAUUCCGGCGUUUUUCUUCCACACGUCGGCCACAGUGACCAGGACGCUGGUUGACUUCUUUGUGGAACAUCGAGGUCAGCUGAAGGUCCAGCUGGCCUGGCCUGGAAACAUCAUGCAAUACGUCAACAACUACUGGAAAACCAAGCAGCUGUCGCCGAAGCGCCUCAGCACUGGGAUCCUGAUGUACACGCUGGCAUCCUCCAUGUGUGACCAGAUCCACCUUUAUGGUUUCUGGCCCUUUGGCUGGGACCCCAACACGGGUAAGGAGCUGCCGUACCACUACUAUGACAAGAAGGGCACCAAGUUCACCACCAAAUGGCAGGAAUCCCAUCAGCUGCCAGCUGAGUUCAAACUCCUCUACAAGAUGCAUACAGAGGGUCUGCUGAAGCUCUCCCUCUCCCACUGUGCUUAAGGCUAAAACUGCAACAAGAACAGUGCUUCUUCAAACUCCUCUCCAACGCUUCCGCAGGCCAGAGUUAAAGAAACUACCACACGGACAAACAAAAGAUUAAUGUGGUUUUGUCAAAGGCAAAAUCGUGGCUAUAAAGCUGACUUGGUGCAAGGGGCUCUUAAACUGUUUUUAGCCCAAGAUCCUUGAGCAAAAGCCCGUAAUCUUGAGCUCAAGGCGAACAGAUGCUCAAAAAAAGGAGUCUAUUAAUUUUCUACUGCUCAAGAAUCUUAAGGUGAUGAAGACCUGAAGAUGGAGUUUGUUUGUUGAAUGAGACUCCAGCUGGACCUUAAAGCAAUGUUGCUCUUCGGCAGAAUAUCACAAGCUUGUAUUCCUUAAUGGUGUUUUUAAUCACACACUUUUGGCACUAAAGUGACAAAUCAACAGGUUGCUUGUGUUACACCAAGAGAGUGUUCAGACCGACAUUCAGACUACGUGAAAAAAAAAAUGCAGACCCCUCAUUCAUUUC